AUGUCUCUCCUCCGGCGCCACCGCCAAUUGGCUCCUACUGCCUCAGUGCAAGUCUCUCCUCUCUGCUUGGGCGCUAUGGCCUUUGGCGAGAAGCAGCCAGAGCGAUACGGCGAAGUCACCAAAGACACUGCCUUCGUCAUUAUGGAUCAUUUCUAUUCUCAAGGAAGCGGCUUCAUUGACACGGUCAACGCAUAUCAAUUCGGCCAGUUAGAGAAAUGGGUUGGUAAAUGGAUGGCUUCCCGCAAGAACUGCGACGAGAUCGUCCUGGCCACCGAAUUCUUCACAGGCUAUUGUAACAAGGCGACGUGGCUGUGCUGGGCUGGUGGUGGACUGGCAAGGCAGAGGUCUGUCAGGUCACAUGUCAAACCUAAUUAG